AUGGCGGCGGGCGGCGCGGACGAGGCGGCGGCGGAGGCGCGCGUGCGGGCCUGGGCGGCGGGGCAGGCGGCGCGCGGGCGGCGCGUGGCGCUGGUGACGUCGGGCGGGACGCAGGUGCCGCUGGAGGCGCGCGCCGUCCGCUUCCUGGAGAACUUCAGCAGCGGGCGGCGCGGCGCCGCCUCGGCCGAGCGGCUGGUGGGCGCCGGCUACGGCGUCUGCUUCCUGCACCGCGCCCGCUCCGCCUUCCCCUGGGCCAGGGCCCUCCCGCCGCCCGGGCCCGCCCUCCUCGACGCCCUCCGCCUCACCCCCGGGCCGCCCCCCGGCGUGGCCGCCGACCCCGCCGCCCUCCCCGCCUUGCUGCCCGCCCUCCGCGACUACCGCCGCGCCACCGAGGCGGGAGCGCUGCUGGCCAUCGAGUUCACCGGGCUGGCGGAGUACCUGGCGCUGCUGCGAGCCGCCGCCCGCGCCCUGGCGCCUUUCGGCUCCAGCGUCAUGUUUUACCUGGCAGCCGCCGUGUCGGAUUUCUACAUCCCCACCUCGGAGAUGCCCGAGCACAAGAUCCAGUCCUCGGAGGGGCCCCUGCAGAUCACAAUGAAGAUGGUGCCAAAAAUGCUGUCCCCUCUCGUCAAAGAAUGGGCCCCAGAGGCAUUUGUUAUUUCCUUUAAACUGGAGACGGAUCCCUUGAUCUUAAUCGAUAAAUCACGGCAGGCUCUGGAGAAAUAUCGUCACCAGGUGGUGGUAGCAAAUAUCCUGGAGUCGCGGAGAACCUCUGUUAUUAUUGUAACCAAAGACUCACAGACUCCGUUAUCUCUUUCUGAUGAGGAGAUAGCACAAGGCAUGGAAAUAGAGGAAAAGAUAGUGAGCUAUCUUCAGGGCCAGCAUACUGCAUUUAUAGAGAAGAAAGUCUGAGGACCGGCUCUGAAUGAAGCAAGUGAAGUUGUACUAGAAAGGGAGAGGAACUGGAGCAAUUCUGUCGCAGGUAAAUAAAACAAUCCUCAGUGAAACACUGUGGGGAAGGCUGCCGUCCAAAACAGUGUAACUUUCUACGGCUUGGUAAUGAUUAUUGUUGCUUGCUUUGAAAAAGAAAAAUACACUGAAGUGAAAACAUUCCAAAGGAUGACAUUUAUUCUGGUGUCUAAAGCAGGAAAGGAUGUAUUGCUUAAUUUCUGUCCCAUGGGCUGGGAGAACCCAGAGGUGGAGAAAUGGUAUAUAUGUCUGUAUAUAAAAGAUUUUAUUGAA